CAGGAAGAAGAGCAACAGGGAGACGUCAGCAGACAGCAACAACAUUUCAGAAAUGGCUACAGGAGUGGAUCAAGCAGCUGGCAUGAGUCUUGUUGUCUUCAGCCUCUUGCUGUUUACAUACUACUCAGUCUGGGUCAUCAUCCUGCCUUUCGUCGCCAGUGAUCACGUACUGCACAAGUAUUUUCUUCCUCGGGAGUACUCAGUCAUCCUGCCCGGCAUCGCAGCGGUGAUCCUGCUCCUCUGUAUAGGGGCCUUCACUGCGGUCGUCAUGUGGAAGAAUCGCAAGCCAAAGAAAGUGGACUAAUGUCAGGGUGUUAGAGAGCGACUGCUGUAAAAUACUUGAAAAUAACCUGGAUCUCUGUUGCCCCCCCCCUCUCUUCCC